AUGGCCAAUCAUUCCUUUUUACUUCUUCUAUUCCUCCCUUUAUAUUUGAGCCAAAACCAAUCUGGAAAUGUCAAACAAAAUUUGAAUCUAUGCCAAACGAAUAUCUGUCAAAAUGGUGGUACAUGUCUUGUGGCGAGUAGUGUCCCAGUGACUACUACAUGUCCCAAGGACUCGAUUUAUUAUAUGGGAUACUGUUAUUUGUUCGAUGGGACCACAAGGAGUUGGAAUGAUGCCGCUCUAUUCUGCGACAAAGUCAAUGGAGCCACUCUUCCUCUUGUUGAAUCUGUGGAGGACCAGGCAUUCUUUGCUGGAUUUGUGCCAGCAAUGAUUCCUUCGAUGCCGCAGACCGACAUUCGCCCACCACCAGAUGGAAUCUGGACGGCUGUCAGAGGUGUUAACAACAUGACACGAGCAUCUUGGGUUUAUUAUCCUGGCUCAUUUUUGAUAACGGAGACAUUUUGGGCGGCACAGGAACCGAAUAUCUAUGUGAACUAUAAUGAAGUCUGCGUAGCCCUCGAAUCCAUCUCCUACUACCGCGACUGGACCACGGCUCUCUGCAACGUCCCAAAAUACACAGUAUGCAAAAUCGCUCCAACACAAAUCCAGGCUCAAUACGUGGCUCAAUGCUCUUGUCCAUCGGGGUUCGGCGGCCAAAAUUGUGAGACUCAAAUCACUUCGAAUCAACAAGAAUCGACACAACGAACAUGUGGAUCCGCCGAUUUUCAGUUUUCCUGUCCGAACGACCAGACGAUUUCAGUGGAUUACGCGUCGUUUGGUGCACAGGAAAACUCAAUGUGUAACCAAGCGAGCCAGGGAAGAGAGCAAACGUGCUCCAACGUCAAUUCUCUUCAAACAGUCAUUAAUGCAUGCGAAGGCCUUCAAUCUUGUGAGAUCAAAAAUUUGACGAGCACAUUUUCCAAUACACCAUGUCCUGUACCACAGGAACAGUACCUGGAGACCCGGAUGAGAUGUGGAAGUGCUCAACAAUCAUCCUGCCCAUCUGGCUUGAUCCAAUAUAAUGGGCGGUGCUACAGUAUGACAAUUGAGACGAACGAGAAAAAACAACGAACGAUGGCUGAUGCUGAACGAUUUUGCUCCCAAAGUGGUGGCUCUCUAAUCACAUCGAUGCCGGACGAUUUACUCCAACGAAUUGUAAUGAAAGUCAAUGAUGAAACGAAGAGACCAGUAUCAUUUUGGAUUGAUGGGGAGCAGAGCUGCCAACUCCUCACCAUCACCGGAACCUCCACCUCAUAUUCAGCUUGUCCAGCUUCCACGACAUCUACGGCUAACGCCGUCUGUUCCAAUGUGCCAUCGUCUCAGUCCUCCAUCUCUUCACGCCCAUCAGAAUCCGCUCCACCAUCUCCAGAGGCACAAACAGCGGCUAGAAGAGAAGUCUACACAGGAGUGCCUCCACCUACCGUACCCGACUCUCUCAACAAGGCCAAAUAUUGCAAGAAGGAGAAAACUGAUGGUGAGUCCCAUGGCCUAACCUUCAGAAUUCCUAGGCCAUUACCCAAAAUUUCUCUUCCAGGAAUCACAUACGACCAAACGCGGGCCUGUAUGCAACACGAGCAACCGUGUCCAGAUCCUCAGAACGUAGAGGGUACAGUAACCCGUUACUGUAACUGUCAAACUGCAAAAUGGGAAGCACCGGAUACAACGAACUGUACACAUCGCUGGGUUGCCGAAAUGCAGACGGCAAUUCAGGAUAAUCAACCAGUCGAGGAUAUCAGUUCAACAGUUAAUCGACAGUUGAAAUCCACAAUCCAACGAAAACUAUUCGGAGGUGACAUCACUGGAACCGUCCGUCUGAGCAAUGACAUGUUGAACCUGGCCAGAAACCAAUUUGAUAUAAUGAACGAUCGGAACCUUCGAGAGAAUAAGGCUAAAAAUUUCACCGAGAAUUUGGGAGGGUCCGGAGAUCAAUUGUUGUCUCCAGUGGCUGCUCAAGUUUGGGAUCAAUUAUCGAGCUCGAUUCGAAUUCAACACGCUUCGAGAUUGAUGAGUGUUCUAGAACAAUCUGUGCUGUUGUUAGGAGAUUAUAUGACGAAUCAAAAGUUGAAUUUGGCAUAUGUUAAUUGGGCGAUGGAAGUGGAACGCUCCGAACCAGAAUCUCAGGCAUUCGGAGCUGCUGCCGCUCCUCCAAACGUUCAGGAUGAUAUGGGAAUGAUGAGAGUUAUGGGUGCUGCACCCCCUCUUCAACCAGCCGAAACCAACACCACCAUCGUCUUCCCAUCCUUAAAACUGUCUCCAUCAAUCACUCUUCCGUCUGCGUCUCUUCUGAGCUCUGCUGUCUCUUCUUCCCAACCUACAGUAUUCGGAGGUGGUCCCAGUAUCCUUUCAUCGUUCCAAGACGAUACUCCAGUGGCUCAAGGAGCCGUUCCAAAUUUAAACAGAAAUCCUAUAAAACUUGGAACAUAUGCGUUUGCUGGAUUUGGAGCUUUGUUGAAUAACGGAGAGCAUACUGUAAUCAACAGUCAAGUGAUUGGAGCAUCGAUUGAGAAUGCUACUAGAAGUGUGACACUUCCCAAUGAUCAUCCAGUCACUUUUACCUUUCAACAUUUGACAACGAAAGGGGUUUCAAACCCUAGAUGUGUCUAUUGGGAUCUUCAGGAGAGCAAAUGGUCCACCACCGGAUGUACUCUAAUUUCGACAUCUUUCAACUCAUCACAAUGUUCAUGUACUCAUUUAACGAGUUUCGCGAUUCUGAUGGACGUUUCCGGUCAAGUGGGUCAGUUUUCGGGUGGUUUGGCGUCGGCAUUGGAUGUGAUUUCAACGAUUGGUUGUGCAAUUUCCAUUGUCUGCUUGGCUCUUUCCGUUUGUGUUUUCACAUUUUUCCGGAACCUUCAAAAUGUCAGAAAUUCAAUUCAUCGGAAUCUCUGUCUUUGUUUGUUGAUAGCAGAGUUGGUUUUUGUGAUAGGAAUGGACCGGACCGGAAAUCGAACUGGAUGUGGAGUGGUGGCAAUUCUGAUUCACUACUUUUUCUUGGCAUCUUUCUGUUGGAUGCUUCUGGAAGGAUACCAGUUGUACAUGAUGCUCAUCCAGGUUUUCGAACCGAACAGAACCAGAAUAUUCCUGUAUUAUUUGUUCUGUUAUGGAUGUCCCGCGAUUAUUGUGGCAGUGUCAGCUGGUGUCAAAUGGGAGGACUAUGGAACGGAUACAUAUUGUUGGAUCGACACCUCCACCCCAACAAUCUGGGCAUUCGUCGCACCAAUCAUCGUUAUCAUCUCCGCCAAUAUCAUUUUCCUCCUAAUCGCUCUAAAAGUCGUUCUCUCCGUUCAAUCCCGUGAUCGUACAAAAUGGGGAAGAAUCAUCGGAUGGCUAAAAGGAUCUGCGACCCUUCUUUGUCUCCUAGGAAUCACAUGGAUUUUCGGAUUCCUAACAGCAGUAAAGGGUGGAACAGGAACUGCGUUUGCCUGGAUAUUCACACUGCUCAAUUGCACUCAAGGAAUCUUUAUUUUUGUACUACACGUUGUCCUUAACGAGAAGGUGCGUGCUUCAAUCGUCCGUUGGCUGCGAACUGGCAUCUGUUGUCUACCAGAAACCAGCAGUGCCGCCUACAACAGCAGAUCGUUCUUGAGUAGUCGUCAACGCAUUCUGAAUAUGAUCAAAGUGAAUGGCCACAGCUAUCCAAGUACAGCGAGUACUGAUGAUAAGGAGAAGCAAAUGACGCCGAUCACAAAGACCAGUGAUUGGCUGAGCAGGCUGCCCAAUCAGGACUCCAUGUCGGUGCCAGAAUCAAAUUUGAAUUCGGCGGAUUUGCCCGAGCAGGAAAUUCACGAGAUCCGAGAAGAACCUUCGGAGCUCCGCCGCCGCAUCACCGUCGACUUGAAUCCCACCAUCCAUAACAACAAUUCAAAUGUCGAAAUCGAAAGUCACGCCUCCUCAUCAGAUCCACGUGGCAGUCAGAUCAUUGAGAUUACACAGGUGGAGAAGAAAGCGCCGGUGAAGAGAAUCAAGUUCCCAUUGGGAGCAAAGCAAAGUGAACGAGGAUCUCAGCAUCGGACGAAAGUGAUACCACCGGAAUCGCCGGAUUCUGGAACUAAGGAUUAUCGAUUUUAA